CCGUCGCGCGUGUCUCGCGAUCCUCUUUCGCUUCGCGCUUGCCUUCGCUUGCCUGAAAAACGCUAUAAAAGUAACGCUUGUUCUGCGGGUUAAUUUGACUCACUCACGGCCACACAUCAGUUAAUAGACUGGGAGAAGUCUCUUUGUGUUAGUGAUUAGUGCGAGCGCCGAGGUCACGUUACGCGAGAAGCGAAGGUAGCAUCCCGAAAAGAAACCUUCGUCCCACAACUUCCAAAAAUUGCAGGGAUCGCAAAACUGUAAUUUGUCCGUGAAAAAUCCUUGAAACGUCCUUGAAAUUUGUUUGUCUGAAAUUGUAGGAACCGUUAUAGAUUUAACUGAGGUCUAUCCCAGCGAUCGUUGUUCCAACAAUCGCCCAAGUGUUGUUUGAUCAAGAGAAAACCUUUGUUUUCAUAUAACCGCUUCUGUAGUUAAACUUUUUUCAGCGAUCGUACCGCUUUUUUGAGUAAGUGCAGUCCUUUGAAAAGCGCUUCGAGAAGUAAAUCUUUCUCUUUGUUUUUGUUCGUUUUCAGGUUAGUGUUUUGAUGGAUACAGCAAGCAUACCAGAGGAACUCAAGCCCUACCUUAGCCUCUACCUGGAAGUUUUGUUUGAGUCUCCGGUAUUGAGAGAAAAUGGUAUGCGAAAUUAUUGGCUCUCUCUUAGCACAAUUUGGCUCCUUCAUUCGCUUGCAUGCUGUCUGUAACCUUUGUCUUUGUCACCAUACAGUUCGCAGCCAAACAUAAGUAAAGAACUUGCGCGUUAUACAGAAAAUUAGGGCUAUUGCGCAGGGGCUUAAUCGAAAACGUGUCUUGGCAUAAAUUGCAUUCCAAGACCAUUGCUUCUUCUCCUGGAUGGGAUACUAGUUUAUCACAGGGGUAACCCCAACAGUAUGUUGGCGGAACCUCUUUUUUACACUUCAGUGGAGAGAGACAAAGUGGAGCAAACCUUUUUGCCUUGAAGCAACAAUACACGGACACUAUUUAUACUAACUAGUCUCCUUCGCAUCCGCUCGGGCCGGAGUCACGCAGUGCUCUACACAUGCCCAAAGACCGCUCCAUAUGCGAUUCGUGAUAGGGACCGCUGGCCAGCAUCGUCUUGUGUUUAACCUCGCCUAAAUUAUAUUUAGCCACAUGCUAAGGUGAUGUUACACGGGACGAUUCGCAACGACGAUUUUUUGCGCAGUGAUGGAACAAUGUUGUAACUUUUCGAAACAAUGUCGCAACAAUGUUGCAACGCUGUGUUGCGCUAAGAAUCGUCGUUGCGAAUUGUCUCGUGUAACAUCACCUGUACGGGCUGUUUACAUGGAGGGAAGAAGAUCCCAGAAGGUGGAUCAUCCAGCGCCAUAUGUUUUCUGUAUUCGGUUUACAUGCAAAGAGUUGUACUUGUGCCUAGUACUAGGAUCAUCCUAGCUGAGAAGGAAGAUCCUAGCUCCAUGAAAGCUGCCUUUGGCUAGGAAGAUCCUAGUAUUAGGGAGAUACCAAACAAAAAUGGCGGCGGAUCGUUCAGUGGCUAAUCACGGCAAGCUGACCAUUUCGUCUGUCGUUGCCAAGAGCUGAUUAUUGCGAUUAUUAUACAUUCAACUCACUAUCUCUUUUCUGAUUGGCCGAAAGCGUACAGUGAAUUUUCGAAAUCAGCUCCUGAGACGUCAUAUGUGCAGAUUAUACAAUAAUCAUGUCAAGGACACUCAAGGUCACGGGUAAUCAUGUCAUGUAUGACCGCGGUGCAUGAUUUCUAAGGGUAACCAUGUCAAGUUCGCGCGCUUUGUGUUGCUUGCAGUCAGUGAAGAAGCAAAAACAUGACUUCCAAGUUUGCUUCGUUGACCGAGCGAGACAUCGAAAAAAAUAGUUGAAGACAAGGAAUCACAAAACACAAAAAUAUCGACGAAGGUGGCAAAGGAGCUGUUUGCUGAUUACGUGAAAGCGAAAAAACUGAGAAAACGUGAGGUAUUUUCACACGAUUAGAAAUAAAUUAUCAGUUCCUCUUACUGUCGUGAACAUUUUUUUUUUCCGUUCAAUGUAUAAUAAAACAAUUAUUAGGUUCGGUUUUUGUGAUAUCCAGAAUAAUCAAGGUCUCGGUAAGGGUUAUCGGCUGAGGCUGAUAACCCCUACCUCGACCUUGGUUAUUUUGGAUAUUACAGAAACCUCAUCCAAUCACUGUUUAUAAUUCUGCUGAAAGGAAAUUUAUUCCGCCUUCUAGGAUCAUCCUGGUACUGGGAUCUUCCCCUCUCCAUAUGAACAGCCUCUUAACCUUACUCAUAAGACUCCGUAACCAUAAACAUCAGUUUAAUUAUGAAGUGAUGCUUCACCUCAGGUCUUGUUCCGUUUGAGCAAGUCGUAGCAGAACUGGCUGCCGACACUCUUAGUCAAGUGUCUUGCUUAGGACUGGAAGGAAGAAGGUUCAUGCCAGAUGAGUUUUCACAACUGGCCUGUGUGUCACUUAAGGUGGGACUUCAUAUGCACACUGAAUAACUCCUUUAUUUUCAGCUAUCUUAUUCAGCCAUGAAAAUUAAUUCGAAUAACGUUCCCUGGAGUAUUUUCUACAAGACUGCAUUUUUAGACAGGAUAGAAAAGAACAGCAAAGCCCCCUUCCCCCAAAAUCAAUUAGUUAGUUUACGCAACAGGACGGGAGAGGAAGGAAGACGGCAAACCUUGUGUGACAGGCUUGACAAUAAUUUUGUAUGAAAAAACUUUCCGCCAAGCUUCACCCUCCUUUAAACAGAUCUUGUUGUAAAAGACCAGAAAACAUUUAUUUAAUUGAAGGUCACGACAAAACACGCAAUUAAUAACCCUGUCACGUUUGUCACACACAAGCGUCUUGGCGUCCUCUUCUUGCUGCAGUCCUGUUGCGUAAACUCAGUAGGCUGAUUUAGCAACAGAACGGGAACGUCUGUUGACGACUGCGCGCGCAAAUCAAAGAACUGGAUUGACCAAUGGCAGAGCGGCAAAUUGGGUACCGGAAGUCGAGUUUAGUCCUUUCCGCGCUCUCACCCGUCAUCUAAUGACGUUCCCGUUCUGAAGCUAAAUCAGCCUAUUGAUAAUGACAAAGCCGCCCCAAGACCAAAAGGCGCCAUUUUUCUAGUCUUGGUUUGAGGAACCGAAGAGGGGGUGGGGGGAAUAUAAAUUUUCCGCCUAUUUUUCCCAAGACUGCAGCCGUAUGGAUUUUGGAUUUGUCUUAAUUUUUUAUCUAUGUAAUCAUUUAUAAUUAGCAAGUUGUAAGUUCUGAUAUCUCCAUACAGCGGCCUAUUGGAUAGUGCAAGUAAGCGUUGUUGCCCCUCUCUCCGCCUUCUCCUGUAAUUCACGCGAUUAACAUGUGCUCUGCCCGCAACCUAUAGCUUGAAGUUGAGAAGUAUGAGAAGGGAGUCAACUGGCUUCACGACCUGCUUUACAAGACUCAGUUUACUAAAGAGCGGCUGGAAAUUGUCGGCAAAAAGAUGAUGAAUGACGUUGCCAGGUGAGACUAGUCAUAGUGGAUACAGGCUUAAGGCGGGGUUAUGAUUAUGAUAAUGACUGUGUUGAUGACGUUGAUGAUGAUGAUGAUGAUGAUGAUGAUUAUGAUGACUCACAAGGCAAUUAUGAAGCAGUGACUAGUAUCACGUUGUACUAAAUAAUGUUUUUCUGUGCUUUGUUUAACGAUAAUCUUGAACAGAAUGAAGCGAGAUGGCAGAACUGUGACCAAGGUUCUCAUUAGAGACAUUGCUUUUACUAGAGGUGAGAACUGGCCCGGAUUUACGUUUACUGUCGUGUCACUGACCCUAAGAACAGCUUUACAAACGGCAUAAUCACUCUUUUUUCUCCAUGCCUCAUUCAAAAAGCGGAAAAUCAAUCUAUUAAUUCUUUUGAAACAAAUUUCUUAUUUGAAUACAUGUAACUUCACUGUUGUUGUUGUUGUUUUGUGUGUUUUUUAGAAAGCAAUAUGUUUUCAGCCAAUAUGGUGCGCCAGUACAGUUUCUUAAACAAAGUUAUGACUGAACUGGAAGCUGAUUCCACUCAGGUUUGUUUUCUUUGUCCUUUUCUGGUGACCGUGACUUUCGAGUAGUCUUUCUCUUUGGAUUCUCCAGCGCUAGCCUUCCACGCAGAAGUUCUUAGGGGCUCGUCGCGCGUUCCUGCCCCACGAGGAAUGACUGCGAAAAUUAUUGAGCCCAAUGCAGAGGAGUCUUCUCGCUUCUGAUCGGGUGCUACGCGACGGAGCCUGGGAACUGCUAACAAACCCCCAAACAUCUAAACAGAUAAUCGCUAAGUCGAGAUAUCAUAUCAGAAAUGUGUAGAAAUGCAGAUUUGAUUAGACAGAAAUCGUGCCGAAAUCACCGUUCCUACAUGUAAAUUGAAGCCCUAUCCAGUACAGGUUUCGUGACGGCGUACGUGUAUUCCCCAUUUUUCCUCAGGGACAGUAGAGCUAGCGAAGCGCGAGUGUGCGUGGAAAUCUCUCCACCGCGUCUCGCUUUUUCUCGCGUGGGGUGAUUUUCACGCGCGCUCGCGUUUCGCUCGCUCUUCUAUCCCUGAGGAAAAAUGGGGACUGCUCGUAGUCUAAUGUUCUUGCCUCUCGUACAUGAAUGUAGAGCUUCUUCGCAAGGCAUUUUGCCUGAAAUAUUUAGUAUUGCUGAUUGGUCAGUAAAAUUAAAGGUCUAUACUUUUUCUCUCAAUUUAUACCCGCAUGGCCCAUAAUUCAAUUUCAGGUUAUUGAGAGGGUCGAGAAGCUGCGUUCUCUCCUGACGCAGCCUUCAAACUUGAGAGUUCACGUGGCGGCAGAUGUGAAUAGAUUACCUGACAAUCCACAUAUGCUCUGGAAAACCAAGUUAUUGCCUGAUGCUUCAGUCCCAGUACCAACAAGGUAUGAAUUUAAGCACAUCAGUAUAUCCAGCCAUAUAUAUUUUGUCACUGGCUCCACUGUCUUAAUUUUCAAAUUCUUACGCCUCUAGCUUAUUUCAGGCUGUCAGAUAGCGGGGAUAACGCGUAGGUCAUAGGCACGCGGUAAUACCUUAAACUUCCGAAAAUAAGCCCCUCCAAAUAUACCCCCCCCCAAACCGGUAACGCAAAAACCCUCCUUUAAAUCGCCCCUCCAAAUAUAAGCCCCCGGGGGCUUGUACUUGGAAAAUUGCCCUCAAAUUACAAAGCAAAACAAAGCAUAAACGGUAAAUUUACUUCCAACUAUAAGGCUAGCCCAAUCGAUUUCGAAACGCAAAUUUCCCUCCGUAGAUAAGCCCCUCCGAACAUAAGCCCUUCCAAAAAUAAGCCCCUCUAAAAGGGCCUUUGAAAAAUAUAAGCCCCGGGGCUUAUUUUCGGAAUUUUACUGUAUGUCAGCUUCGUAGACCCAACUAUUUCGGAACCUGGAACACGCUGUUACGCCUCUUACGCACAUCCGGUAAAUAAGAUUUAUCCGAGAAGUCUCUCGCACUAAAAAACCUGAAACGUGACCAUUCAAAUGAAACUAGUUUAGCAGUACUGUGAUCUCAUUCUGCUAAAAGUUUUCAGUUAGAUUCUUAAUCCUUUGGCAGAAAAGCUGAUAACAAGAUUUCAUUUGUUUUUUUUUUUCAUUAGUUGUUUUGUUAUGAGAGAACCGACCAACCCAAAUCACAUUUUAUUACCUUUCCAUUUUAUGUUCUUUUUAUCCUCUGACCAACCGCUGUCAUGGCUUUAACUGCAUUCGCUUUAAAUACCAGUACAUGUUUUUGUUAAUACAGCAUCUCUCCCGUGCGGAAAUCCAGUGCGUUUCUGGCCAAGAACCCUACACAUGGGAAAAUAGCGGGAAUUGGUUCAGUGGAGUCUUCAUUCCUCUUCCAAGUUACUCGAUGUUUUGACAGCUUUGAUCACCCAGACCUUGGGCCUUUGAUGGUCUUUCUAGAAUGUCUAACCACACUUGAGGUAAGUGUCUCUUCCCUCUUACGUCACCUCUUUUCCAAUGACAUGUGGGCGGAACAUCGCGCGAGGAGAGAAACCAGGUGAAUGAUAGAAGUAUGGGUUGAGAAGGUGUGAGGCGAAAAUCCACAGCUUUUGUCCAGUAUUUCAACAGCAAUCGACAAGCGUUUUAGCGCGAUGAUUUCAACGUACUUGGUGUACUAGUAUAAGGGCAGUAGUCUUCUACAUUCAAUCUGUAAAAUCAGUUAACAUGAGGGAAUAAGUAUGUCAGAGAAACAUGUUUUCGUUUCUCGUAAGUGAUCAAUUGUAAUUUUUCUGCAGGGUCCCAUAUGGCGUCAGGUUCGAGGUCUCGGUUUGUCAUAUGGCUAUGGGUAUGUAUUCCCAGUCGUUUGUUUAGCUGGAAGGCUCGUUACCUUUGAUUUUCUAACUGAUCAAUGCAGACGUAUUUACAGUUAAACUACAGGCAGCCCAAGCUCAGUAUGAGAGUUUAAUUAUUAAUACGUGUGGUCUCAUAUUGCUUGAUCCUCAAAAUGGCCGUGAACAUAAAGGAUUAGUAUAGGAAUUCUGGUAAAACUAUGAUUCAAGGAGAUAAAUACUUGCUGGGAUUUUCAAUAUACUCUAUCUUAUUUUUUUGGUUUGUUCUUGCUUGCUGUGUGGUUUUUUUCCCGAUCCGCGGCGAUUUAAGCGUCGCUAAGCGAUUUCUUUUACCUCCGAAAAACGAAUUCCUAGAAGUGAAAACUCGGGGGGUAAAAGAAAUCACUUAUCGAAGCUUAAAUCGCAUCGGAUCGGGAAAAUAACCACACAGCAAGCAAGAACAAACCAAGUAAAUGAAGUAGAGUGCACUUCAUUGAAAAUCCCAGCGAGUGUUUAUCUCCUUGAAUCUUUUACCUGAAUUCCCACACAAACCCUUUGUGUUCACGGCCACUUUGAGGAUUACGCAGUGUGAGACCACACGUAUUAAAGAUAAACUCUCAUACUGAGCUUGGGCUGUCUGUGUUAAAACCUGUCUUAAGCGGACGCUCUCGUUAACAGGUGUCUGUUUAAUCUUGCUAAGGAUUUUCCUUUUGUCCUUUUGUAGAAUGCGCGUAAAUUUAGAGUGGGGACUUCUUUAUCUUGUUCUUACCAAGUCAACUCACCCAGUGAAGGCUUACAAGAAAACUCAGGAGAUUGUUUCAGCCUUUAGGCUGCGACAAUAAACCAUUCCAUUAUUAAAUUAUUAUAUUAUACCAUAAUACCAUGAUACUUGUUUUAGUUUCGCUUGGGAGUUAAAAUGGCCCCAAAAACUUUGCAUAAGCAUUGUUUUCAGUUUCGCUUGGGGCCAUUUUAACUCCCAAGAGAAGCUAAAGACAAUGCGCAUGCAAAAUUUUUGAGUGGCUAAUAAAGAGUAUUAUGGUAUGUUAUUGUAUUUUCUGGAGUGGUCAGUACAGUGCCGGAUCCAGAGCUUGAAAUGGGCGGGGGAGUGGGCGACGGUCAUCCAAACCCUGAGAAAAGGGGCGGCGGUCUCCGAAAAAUUUUUUUUGACCGUCGGGCAUCAAUAUGGUCGGAAAAUAAGGGGGGCGGGGUUCCUGGACCCUUCCCCUGGAUCCGUCACUGCAAUAAUAACAGGUCGAAUAAUCAUGGCCAUGAGGACUGUUUACGUAGAAAACUGUAAACUGCCCGCUGAUAAGUUUGCCCACUUUUAAGCCUUUUCCCCCCACGUAUGUCCCCAUCUACUCGUAAACAAAAGAAUACAUGAUCCAAUACAGAAAUACAGAUAUGCGAUCCAUACUGUUUUUAACCAAUAUAUAAAUUAAUCAGUAUUACAGGAUGAGUAAACGAAUACUCGAGAACAGGUUUUCAGGAAAAGAUCGAUGAUCGAAUGAAACACCUGCAAGGUUAAAGCAGGUUUCUUGAUGUUUCCGACGCGUACUUUUCAUAAGCCUGAAAUGUCAUAUGUCUCCAUACCCACCCCCCCCCCCCCUACGGGUUUGACAUUCCAGUCAAUGACUCCUGGGAAUUCUUAGUAGUGGCAUGCCGCCCGGUUCUCAAAAUCUUGACCCUAUUUCAGACCAAUGUUGUUAUAAUAUUACUUGUCGUGUUGUUACCAGGAUGGAUAUCUGUCUGGAGCUAUGUCGUUUGACGCUGGUGAACUGGAAUCUGCCAUCAGCAGUGUGAUAUUUGAGAUCAUCGAACGAGAAAAGAGCGUUUCGUCAGCGGCCUCCGAGGUGAACUCAGAUUAGUCUGGUUUUUCCCUAUCUUUAAACCUUUCACUGGCAAAGGUGGCCAAAGUUAAGCUUACGCAAGGUUUACCAUGUAAAAUUACUGCUGAAGAGGUUUCACUUGAAUCGGGUUACACUAUAGUAUUUCUUCCACGGACUCAAAUGUCAGAACUACAGACUAAGUAAAUAGUAGCAUGUGAAAGUACUGCUGAAGAGGUUUCAUUUGAAUGGUCGUACCAUAGGGUUUUUUCCACAGGCUCAAAAGUUAGAAACGUCUUCCAAGACUCCAUCAUUUGCUCUACAAGUGAACGGGUUUUAACCCGUAUUUUGCCUCUGAUUUGCUCUUUUGUCGACACACAGGUGGCCCAAGCUCAGUAUGAGAGUUUUUAAAAUCGUUAAUACAUGUGGUUUCAUAUUGCGUAAUCCUUAAAAUGGCCGUGAACAUAAAAAUUUGUAUAUGGGAAUUUACGAUCGGGAAAAUAAACACUCAGUAAGCAAAAACAAGUGAAGCCAGGUGUAUUUUAUUGAAAAUUCCAGCGAGUAUCUAUCUUCUUGAAUCUUUUACCUGAAUUCCUACACAAAUCCAUUUUAGGGAUUACGCAAUAUGAAGCCACUUGUAUUAAUGAUUAAACUCUCAUACUGAGCUUGGGCCACCUGUGGUCGAUAGUGCGGUUUUCUAAUCCACUCUUCUCUGACUAGAAGUUUUACAUUGACUAUUUAUCUGAUUCUCGAAAAUGAAACAAGAGAAGCGGUUGUUUUUCAUGGGGCGUUACACACACACACACACACACAAAAUAGGCAGUAAGUACCUCCGUGAUGUUUUGUUUUCUUGAGCCUUAUCGUUCUUGGGGCAGAUCCAGGCUAUUUUUAGGAGUUUUUGUCGGUCGUUGUUUUUUUUUUGGGAAACUCGUUGUAUAAGAAAACCACAGGUCAUUUCGGGGAAGGGGGGAUGCUACACUUCGCAAUGCAACAUAAGGCGUUUCAUUGUGUUAAGGUGGAUUUCCACUGUCGCGUAAUUUUUACGGAGGUACGCCCGAAAAUUUUACGCUCGUUAAUGAAAUAGAGGCAAUGUAUGAAAGGCCACGCGUAAACGGCCGAAAUAAGAAAUACUGUUUGCGAAUUUGCCAUUCCUUUCACUCUUAGCUUACUUAUAUGAAACGUUUUUUUCGUUUCAGAGUUUGCUGUCACAGUUUAGAGGUGUAGCCCCCGACUAUAACAGGUACGUGUACUGUCUUUCAUCCCCGCUUCUCCUCCUCAUACAAGCAAGCCUUUGUCAGACGCGUCAGACAGGAAGGAGAGGGGGCGAAAAAAGCGCGAAAGGCAAAAUAGAAAGGGGACGCUUGUCGCAGACAGCGGCAGAAAUCGGGCCUACUAAACAUAAGGUCUUGGAAAACUUGAAAAAGUCAUGGAAAUAUUCAUGGAAAGUCAAGAAUUUGAGGAUCUCAAAAAAGUACGAACUCUGUUUUAUCGUUGUCUUCUAGAUCCUUGCUAGCCAAAGUCUCCCAGGUGACCCUUUCUGACCUGAUCAGGGUAGGACGGACGUAUGUUGCUCCUCUGUUUGACCCGACUCAGUCCUCUGUUGCCAUCUGUUGUCAUCCAUCCAAAGUGAAAGAGAUAAAGGAGGAGUUUAAAAGGUACGACUCUUACUCCCCUUCCAUUCUAGUCUGAAGUGUCGUACGCCUCCACCCCCAAACUGUGACAUUUCAGACUACUUUCAUUCCAAAAAAGUACGCUAUAGCCAUGUAUGUGCCUGCAAUUUUCGUUUUUGGCCAUUGUCUAUUGCAUUUUUGGCGUUUACCGCGAACUUUUUACAUACCUAACACAUCACAGGAUCAACUACCCUACAAUAUCUUCUUUAUUUUGAUGAAGUGCCCCCUUCUUUAAAUAAGCCUCGUCCCUCCGCCCUCUCCUCCUUUGGCAGAGAUUUAAGAUACUUUUUUUUUUUAUCAGAGAAAGUACGUUAAGCGAUGUCGCAAAAGUAAGGGCGGUAUUAACCAGGGGUAUUUAUCGCUGAUAUCGUAAAUCCGGAAAUUCCGGCUGGAAAAUCAUGCAGUUGGCUUGCACCAUUUCAUUUGGGAAGCUUCAAAAAGCAGUAGUGUUCAGAAAGUAUGGGCUGUAAUUUCAGGCGUUUCAAUUUUCCCCUUCUUUUUAGUCUUUUCAGCUGAUCGGGUAUACUUUGUAGCGGGUCGUUCUCCCACAACGUCAAAUUUUAUAGUUUUAUGUUUAUGCAAGAGAAUUCCACCCGGGUGGUUUGUGUAAAUGGUUUGCAUCCCGGGAAACCUGGUGUGAAAAGCCGGUCCCAGAGGACGAAGAAGUUACACGGAAAUUGUUAAAUUUGUCCUAACUGCGUAUAAAAUGAGUUCUUGAUUGUUAUAUGGCCAGCCAUUCCUAUGCCAGCUCGUGUAAAGUCACAAGGCAGUGCCAUUCUAACACAUUUAUUCAUCCAUCAGCGUCUCGCAACGUCUACUUGUACAGUUUUGUAUCUAGAACUUUGAAGGUCUUGAAGCUACCACACUGGCCACUUUUAAACUUGCGGUUUCAGUGAUUGAUUUUUCCUCACAGAGGAGCCUGGUUCCAGGCUACAAUAGCCGUGACUAAAGUAGAGUGCUGACCAGUUCACGUGUAUGGGCAACCUUUGUGGAUUAAAGCUAUAGAUGAAAACAUAUUUUUGAUCUUCAUUUUCAGUAUGAACAAGCUGCUCAGUGUGGUUACGUCGCUAGAUGAAGAAUUUACAUGGGCCAUUUGAACGUGUUACUGAUAUUUAUCACACAACACGCA